AUGUCUGGAAAAUCACUUUCUAUCAUAUUUCUAUUUGUCUUGAGUUGCUAUCAAUCUGAAUCAGCAGAAGUCAGAGAUAAAUUCAUUGAAGAAAAAAUUGUUCCAGACGUUCUCGAUGACAUACCUGACAUCGCGAUGUUGAGUGUAAAUUAUCCUUCAGGUGUCACAGUGGAAUUAGGGAACGUAUUAACACCAACUCAAGUAAAGGAUAAACCAACAGUUGAGUGGACUAAGGAAGACGGCGUUUAUUAUACAUUGUUGAUGACUGACCCCGACGCACCUUCAAGGGAAGAUCCAUCUUUGGGGGAAGUAAGACAUUGGUUGGUAGUGAACAUAAACAAUCAAGACGUUGGUGAAACAAUUGUCGAAUACAUUGGAUCAGGUCCACCACUGGACACUGGUUUACAUCGAUACAUCUUCCUUCUUUUCAAGCAAAUUGAAGGAUAUACGAACUUUGAUUUACCUUUUGUGUCCGAUCGUUCACUUCCAGAACGUGUUAAUACGUCAACUAAGGAAUUAAUGGAUAAUUAUGAUUUAGAACUUGUUGCUGGAAGCUUCUAUCAAGCUGAAUACGACGAUUAUGUUCCAAUCUUAUUCGCUCAGCUCUCUGGAAAAACCAUUAAAUGUUCAACUGUGCAAUAA